GGGCCAGCCUCCCUGGAGGAACUUUGUCCAGGCCACUGUGGGCACGCUGGAAGCCUCCUCGGACUGCCUGGCUCAGUGACUGGGGAUCUUCUCUUUGGCUUGGCAGAGCUGGCAAGGAGAGCUUGGGAGAAUGACCGCCCUGCUCGGAGCCAACAGCCCCCUGAGGAGGGUGGCGAUCUUUGGGGGCACCCACGGGAACGAGCUUUCUGGGGUGCUUCUGGUCAAACACUGGGAAGAAGAUGCAGCUGAGGUGCAGAGGACGGGUCUGCAGGUGAAGCCCUUUAUCGCCAACCCGCGGGCCGUGCAGAAGGGGUCUAGGUACAUCGACUGUGAUCUGAAUCGGGUCUUUGACCCUGCCCAUCUAGGCAAGGAAACACUGGAGGACUUGCCUUACGAAGUGGUCCGGGCCCAGGAAAUACACCUUUUGUUUGGACCCAAAGGGAGCAAAGACGCCUACGAUGUGAUUCUUGACCUCCACAACACCACGGCCAACAUGGGCUGCACUCUCAUUCUCGAGAGCUCCAAGAAUGACUUGUUAAUCCAGAUGUUUCAUUACAUUAAGAAUUCCCUGGCUCCACUGCCCUGCUUUGUGUAUCUCAUUGAUCACCCUUCUCUGAAGUACGCCACCACACGCUCUGUGGCAAAGCAUCCCGUGGGUGUAGAGGUUGGUCCCCAGCCUCAGGGGGUUCUCAGAGCAGAUAUUCUUGAUCAGAUGAGGAGAAUAGUACAGCAUGCCCUGGAUUUCAUUCAGUGUUUCAAUGAGGGAAAAGAAUUCCCUGCCUGUUCACUGGAGGUUUACCAGGUCAUGGAGAAAAUUGACUAUCCUCGUAAGGAAAAUGGGGAGAUAGCUGCUGUGAUCCAUCCCAGGCUGCAGGAUCAAGACUGGAAGCCGCUGAACCCCGGGGACCCCGUGUUUCUCACGUUGGAUGGGAAGACCAUUCCAUUUGACGGAGACAGCACAGUCUACCCCGUGUUUGUGAAUGAGGCUGCCUACUAUGAGAAAGGAGAAGCCUUCGCCAAGACUGUCAAAGUGACGCUGACUGCAAGGAGCCUCAACUCCCUGUCCCCUUAG